UUUUAACGCGCUAUUUUUUAGGGGUAGCAGGAUUCUGUUUAGUAAAAUUUGGUUAACUUAUUAAGUAUACUAUCCUCCGCGGCGUUGGGAAUAAGGGAGUCCAAGUGACGCGAAAUUGGAUUGAUUACUGAUUCAGUGGAUUGUAUUAUACAAGUGAGAAAUUUCCAAAGAGUGCUCAUCUUCACUGGAUUACUAUUCUGCAUUCUGAUAAAAAUCUGGAUUACGAUGUGCCAUUUCGAGAGUGUGUUAAUCAGGACUCCCUGAUUCUAUAGUGGUGGUUAUAAUUACCAAAUUAAAAGCAUGUAAUGCUACAUCAUUCAACAAAAUAAGAAGCUAUUCAAAAAAAAAAAUCAAGUAUUUUUUUUUUACUACACUAAAGAAGUUAAAUGAUCCUCUUCAUGCAUCUGCCAGUGAGGUACCCAUCAAACUUGUUUCUUCCAUUAUUUAUAAAGUUCCUAGUCUCGGAUAUCACUUUUACUUAUGAUCCGAAAGGAACCCGAUAGACCAAGCGCAGGCGGAAGAAGACCACUGCUGGUCACGUUUGUCGGUAACAACCGGCAGAUGUUGAAUGAAAUUCGAGACAGCCUCAGCCACCUACGAAAGAAUGAACUUGAGGGCUACAACGACUUGUCCAGCCUCCAACUCAAGCCCGAGUUGUCACAGAGCACCCCGAACCUUCUUGAGAAAUCCUCAGGCAGCAAGAUGACCCGGCGGGACAACCAGCAUCACAAGGCGUUGGCGGAGAUCCGUGACAGCUUGAGGCCCUAUCAAAAUGCCAGCAGCAACGGCAGCACCGGGGCGUCCGGUGGGAGUGGUGGCAGCGACAACAGCAGCACCACCAGUUCCACCAGCUCGCACGCUGCUAGCGACGCUGAAGCCUGUCAGACCAAAGUCCAGCAAAUCAUGCAGUACGGUUUUGAUGAGGACAUUGCAGUGCGGGCCCUGAAGGUCAGUGGUAACAAGAGCGUGGAGGCUGCAUUACGUCUCCUGCUGCAGAUCAUGGAGGAUAAGAUAAAUGGAGGCAAAAAACUUUCAGGUCUGGCGCAGAGACCAAAUUUUGGUCCCAGCAGCCCAGCUGCGUCAGAAACAAACAGCGUACGGUCUGAUAGCCCGGGCCUGAACUCCUCCACACAGAGGCAGUUCAUGUCCAAUGGAUAUCAGGCGCCUCCACCCUUACCUCCACGGAUACCCAUCACUACCAUGGCCAACCACGCAACCAGAGGACAGACACCACCACCUUCAAGUGACAACGACAACAGUGUCAAAUCAGGAUCUGGUUUAGGUCAACAGGGAUCAAGUGGACAAAACUCUGGACUUCUCCAGCUGAACCACGCUGCACUGAUGGCCCAGGGUCAGCUCAUCAACCAGAACAACGUGGUGCCCCAAGGCCACGUGCAGCAGAUCAUCCAGCGCAUGUCCACUGGUCAGCCGUACUACAUCCAGCAACAGCAGGUUGGAGUCGUUGGACAACGAGGUGUCAGCCCCAACCCAGGCUUGAACAGCCAGCAACCUGUCAUGGUGGGAGUGGUCAGCAAUGGGGGCGGACCCUCGCCCAGCCCACUCCUCUCCCACCAGCUACAGAACAUGAUCAUUGGGAUCCCCAGUUCAAGCAGCUCUUCUCCAGGCCCCUCUAACGGGGUCUCCACCAUGUCGCGGGGGUACACACAAGCUCCCCCACCCCCUUAUAGUCAGGCCCAGGCCCAGAUUCAAGCCGCCCGGCUUACAGUUGCCGCCGGAGUUAACGGCGGAGCGGUCAGCCAUUUAGAUCACAACCAACAACAGGAGCUCCACCGCUUAGAUAACACCAUGAUUCCUAGCUCAGCUGAAGCUCAGCAGAUGAUGCAGAAGAAAAUGGUCGCGUCCACUGCAGUGUCGGCUACCCGUAUGGCUAUGGGUUCCAGCCAUAUGCCUGUCAUCAUGCCGUCUGUUAGAAGCAAGGAAGUCACCAAACCUAUGCCGCAGACUGCCACGGCUCCCAUCAUCCCACCCGGACAAGGCGUUGGCAUGAACGGCUCUGUUCCCCCCAGCUACAUCACCCAAGUCCAAGCUCAUAUCAACAGCAUGUCAGCCCUCCCCAACCAGCAACACCUCAAGCAGUCAGCCGUAGCGCAGCCAGCCCGAGCUAUCACGACCCCGCGUAGAGACGUUCAAAUUCAGAUCACACACUCCCACCCCAAACAUCAGCUGGCGCAAGGCAUCCGCAGCGGAAACGGCGCCACGUACACCAACGAGCACAUGGCAACCGUAGCGUCAACAGGCCAGCCAACCAUUCAGACUCGUCAUCAGUACAACCCCUUUUCACAAAACCACUUACAAGGCAUUAGGCUGCAGAACAGUACGAUGUACCAACAGUUUUCACCUGACACUGCGAUGUCUACGCCACGCUCAGACUCACCUGUAUCACGAGCCACAAACCAGUCACCCAUGUCUGUUCUGUCUACUGCCUCCUCGCCUUCCACUAACUCUGACAUCCCAGACAAGCCCCCGCCACCUUACCCCGGGCGAGGGAUGGGCCAGGUGUUGCAGAUAAACCCACCUUUACUUCCACCGCGGAUUCCAUUGAAAGACAAGCCUCCCCCUCCGAUACCACUGAACGAUCAAGACACAUCUCAACAGGUUUUGUCGGCUCAGCUUUCAAAGUUUCCUCCAUCUCACCUCACAGCUAACUUCCCACAGGGCUCAAACUCAUCCUCCUCCUCACCCUCCCCCUCCUCGCCCAGCACACCCCUUGUUGUAAAUGGCAACAUCCCCGCCCCCCACCCAGCUCUACAGUCAGACAGUUCUCAGGCUGGCGCCUCCCCCAACCUCCCCGGGCCGCAGGUUGCCAGCAGUAGUCAGGCGUCAGAGACCGAGGAAACUGACACUGACACCAGUCAGGGGCACAGCCAGGCUAAGAGCUCAUCGAACCCACCCCACGAGAAACACCGCUGUAUGUCCCCGUUACCUGAGCGCAAGUCCGAAGCUCGGGAGAGAGACAGGUUACGGUGCGACACAAAAGUGAGAAUGUAUUCCCCGCAGGCUUUCAAGUUCUACAUGGAGCAGCAUGUGGAGAAUGUGCUCAAGUCUCACUCACAGAGAAUGAAUCGCAGGCUGCAGCUUGAAAAAGAAAUGGCAAAAGUUAAUUUGUCAGAAGAAGCAGCCCGUCAGAUGAGAAAAAUGCUGCAUCAGAAAGAGUCUAAUUACAUUCGACUAAAGCGUGCCAAAAUGGAUUCUUCUAUGUUUGAAAAAAUACAAACGCUAGGUGUCGGGGCGUUCGGGGAGGUGGCAUUAGUUAGGAAAAAAGAUGUAGGUUCCCUGUAUGCAAUGAAGACGUUAAAAAAAUCAAACGUUAUAAAAAGAAAUCAAGUGGCUCAUGUGAAAGCGGAGCGUGAUAUCUUGGCCGAGGCUGACAAUGAGUGGGUUGUGAAGUUAUAUUACUCAUUCCAGGACAAAGACAACUUGUACUUUGUCAUGGAUUACGUACCAGGAGGUGACCUCAUGGGACUACUUAUCAGGAAGGAAAUUCUAGAGGAACGUCUGGCUCAGUUCUACAUUGCAGAAUUGGUGCUUGCCAUUGAGAGCGUGCAUCGCAUGGGUUUCAUUCAUAGAGAUAUCAAACCUGAUAACAUUUUAAUUGACAAGGACGGUCACAUCAAGUUAACAGAUUUUGGCCUGUGUACAGGUUUCAGGUGGACACAUAAUUCAAAGUACUAUCAGAGAGAUGGAACCCAUGCCAGGCAAGACUCAAUGGAGGUCAACUGUCAGUUAGAUGACCAGUGUAAAUGUGAUGUCAUAAAACCAUUAGAGCGGAGGCGUCAGCGUGAGCAAAUGCGAUGUCAGGCACAUUCCCUUGUGGGCACCCCCAACUACAUCGCCCCUGAGGUUCUUUUACGUUUAGGUUAUACAAAAGCUUGUGAUUGGUGGAGUGUAGGCGUGAUAUUGUAUGAGAUGGUGAUUGGUCAACCCCCUUUUUAUGCUAGCACACCCGCAGAGACACAGUAUAAGGUAAUCAAUUGGAAAGAGACCCUGACCACACGUCAUUGCACCAACAUUUCAGCCGCUGCCACUGACCUAAUUGUUCAGCUGCUACAGGGACCUGAAACCAGGCUGGGAAGGAACGGGGCCCCCGAGGUCAAGGAUCACGCAUUUUUUGCUGGGAUAAAUUUUGAAGGACUUCGCAGACAAGCAGCGCCAUUUAAGCCUACAAUAAGAUAUCUGACAGACACCUCUAACUUUGAUCCCGUAGACCCAGAUAAAUUGAGAACUAACGACUCAGAAGGAUCAAAGAAAGUAGACUCUAAACUAGAAAAUGGAAAGCACCCAGAACAUGCUUUUUUCGAAUUUACAUUUCGAAGAUUUUUCGACGAUGGUGGCCAUCCGUGCACGAUGCCAUCCCAACAAGAUCAAGAAACCAACUUACCUGUAUAUGUUUAAAAACUAUACAGAUGUAGUGAUACAAUUAAGUCUUAACUAAGGUGUGUACAGUUUAGAACUUUGGCAUCUACAUUCACAACUGAAACUUUUAGAAUUUCAAAUUCUUUACAUUCCUUUCUCUGCAAUCAAGUGUUUAGACAAAUUUUUUUUUUUAAAUAACUCCAAAAAUGGUAGACAUCAAAUCUGUUUUGAUGAUUAAGCUCCUUUGUACAGUUUUUUUUUAAAUUUGAAAGCCAGAUUUUUUUCUUUUAUUUUGAAAAAAAAAAUUAUCAAUGCCUGUUUGUAGAUGCCAUUAGUCUGCCUUACCACCCAAUAGUCAUGUCUUUCUUCACUGAAGCUCAUCUGCGCCCUCGGAGAAGGCGCUAGUGUGUCUUGUUGUUUCACAUUUUCAUUCAUUGAUUGGAUUAGAUUCUCUUAGGUAAAGCACUGCACGGCUGCCAUAAUAACUUGGAUAAUAAAAAAAUAUCUAAUUAAUUAGUGCACAAGGGUUGAUUAAAUUUCUAAAUUUUCUUGGGAGGGUGGAGGGUGAAAAAAAAUUGUAUAAUAAUCUGUUAUUUAUAUUCAUGUUAUUUAUAUUGAAAGAAACAGUCAAAGACUCGAACAAAAUUAUGUAAAUUAGAAUUUAAAAGUUGUGAUAUUUUUUUUUUCAUUUCUUAUGUGUUGAAUCUAUACAGGGGAAUGAUCCCCUUCUUCAGAAGAGAAGAAAGGUUGUAACCAACCUACAGUGGUUAUUGUACCUUGAUAGUCCAGGAAAAGGGAAUACAGCAAUUUUUCUUCCCUAAAUCUGGGGUGAUAAUAUGGACCUUAGGGGUGAUGAGUUCCCUGUGGUGAUCAUAUUUCCCCCCACCCCCCCUACUCUCUCACUGCUGGAUAAUGCUAGAACAUUUAAGUAGGAAAUAAUUGUUGGAUAUUUGUUGGAUUGAAUAAGUUUCUACCGUGUGUCUUGAAUUGACUGUGAUACCUCAGUGUAGCAGGACAGUUUUGGUGAGCACCACCAAAUAAAUAAAACAUUGAACUGAACACAGUUGAUGCGUAUUGUAGGACAAUUUAACAACAGUUCAUGUUGUAGGACAAUCUGAACACUUAGUGAGACAAUUUGGUGAACCUCACCUCGAGUCUAGUAAGACAAAAUGGUGAACUGUUCAAAAAAUUUCUUCGGCCCUGCUCAAAUCAAGUUCACCAACAUAGUGAAAGCUAUGAAUAAAUCAUCAACAUCUUAUUAAAAAAAAAAACAACUAAUUGAACAAUACAUUUUACUAUGCAAUAUUGUAUUUCACCAUAUCAUUUAGUAUUGUAUAACUAUCCAAGUGAAGAAUUGUGUUAAUAUUUCACACUCACAAGUUUGUCUGCUUUCAGUUUUUCUGUGCAUCAUUCUACCACACAUACAUUGGUCACCUUCAUGACAUACAUGCACACACAGCAGUUUACAUGGAGUAAGAGGGAAGGCUUGCUGUAUGUAAACUCACAGACUCAUACCAUCAUACAAUGUCUUAGGUGGGGGGAUAACUGUAAGGUCAUCUGUCAAUCACUUAGGAUCAAUGUUACAUCCUGGUGGCUAUUGUCAAUUCAUUUGUUUGUAAAUGGAGUUAAGUCACGCUGUUCUUAACGAGAGUGAGUGGUCAGCAUCGAAUGAUGGAGAGUGUGUGUUAUAUAUGUGUUUCCCAUAGAGGAAGCAAGGUUUGUUUAUUUGUAUAAGCGAAUGGUAUUAGGGGAGGUAAUUAGUUUAAUUUUUUUAGUAAACCUUUUAAUUUUAAAAAUGCAUUAUUUUAUUUUUUAAGUUGUUUUUUAUCUUUUACUGUUAAAAGAAAAAAUUAGCUUAAUAACUCUUUUGAACAAUGUUCAUUUUUUAAAAUAUAUGUUUAAACCGUUUUAAAAUAACAUCAUUCUUACUUUAUUUUGUUGUAACUCUAAUUGCCUCCCCUGAUGAUAGUGUGUAACAUUUGUAAAUACUGAAUCUGUGGGAACAGAAAGGACGAAAAUCUGGCAAUAUUCCUAUAGAAAUAAACUGUUAAUGCAUCUUA